UAGCACGCUCUCUCUGUAGUCAGUGUUUUGUUUUGACACAAUCGCGCAGCUCGAUUGUCACGUGGUUUCUUUUCUCGACCACCCACGUUUCGGAUUUGUGGGUAAACAAAUCAUAAGUUCCUCCUUAACCCUGUUUUUUGAGGAGGAACGUAGUUCUAAGCUCCUAGUUUAGCUUGCUCGUGAUGUCUAUGUCACGGUCACAGGAGAGUGAUGCCUGGGCCUUACUAGCCCUGAAAUCAACUCCUGCUAGUCCAUCAAAAAUUCAAUGGAGUCCAGAAAAUAAAGGUACUGUUAUUGCUAAAUUAGAAGGACGAGAGUUUGAGUACAUGGUGAGGCAGAAGAGAAUUAUAAUUGGAAGAAAUAGUUCACGUGGUGAAGUUGAUGUGAAUAUGGGACAUUCUAGUUUUAUUUCCCGUAGACAUUUAGAAUUGUAUUUUGAACAUCCACAUUUUUUUAUGGUGUGUAAUGGUAAAAAUGGUGUUUUCGUGGAUGGCGUUUUUCAGCGUAAAGGAGCUCCUUCAUUUAAGUUACCAAAAACGUGUACAUUAAGAUUUCCUAGCACAACAAUUAGGCUCUCUUUUCAAUCUUUAGUGGAUGAAUCUGGACCACCUCUUAAUGUUAAACAGAGGACUCCAUUACCACCACUUCGAAUCAACAUUCCAGAUCCUGAUUCAAAUUUUACUAGUCCUUUUCCUUCUCCUACAGGGACAAUAAGUGCUGCUAAUUCAUGCCCUGCUAGUCCCAGAUCAGGAAGUCACUCGAGACAUAAUGUAAGUGCUGAUCUUCAAAUGGCAGCAGCGUAUGCUGCAGUUGUAGCUGGUCCGAAUCCUGUUGUAAAUACAGUCACUGUUUCUACUUCUCAUGAUGAUAGAGACAUGCUGGAUAUCACUGAAACUAAUUCUGAAAGUAAACUCUUCCGUACUAGUAAUGGUUGCCAACAACCAGACUCUUAUACUUCGCCUAAAGAUGAAACUAAGCCUCCAUAUUCUUAUGCUCAGUUAAUAGUUCAAGCAGUUGCAUCGGCACCUGACAAGCAGCUAACACUUAGUGGGAUUUAUUCUUAUAUCACUAAAAAUUAUCCCUAUUAUAGGACUGCUGAUAAAGGCUGGCAGAAUUCUAUCAGACAUAACCUUUCUCUGAACAGGUAUUUUAUUAAAGUACCGCGUUCUCAAGAAGAACCUGGAAAGGGAUCAUUUUGGAGAAUAGAUCCCGUCUCUGAAAGCAAAUUGAUAGAGCAAGCUUUUCGGAGGCGAAGACAACGAGGUGUACCUUGUUUCAGAGUGCCUUUUGGACUGUCAUCAAGAAGUGCUCCAGCUUCACCUAGCCAUGUUGGAAUGUCUGGUUUGAUGACACCAGAAUCUCUUUCUCGAGAAGGUUCUCCUACAGAAUCGGCAUCAGGUUCUCCUGCUGGUCUCAAUAGUCAGUCAGCCCCUGGUUCACCUAGGAAUCGAAAUGAUGGGAGCAUGGUGAACAGCAGUGGUGGUGGUAAUAAUAAUGUACACAAUGUUCACCAUGGAAAAACAAGACUACUCUUGCAUUCUUCACAUAUUGCAGUUAUCAACAGUCAUGAGAAAUCAGAUAAGUAUAUGUCCACCAGUGGUGCCACAGCUAUUGCUGCUAACAAUUUAAUGAGUUUGUCAGAAGAGCAGCCUCCUUUUUCUCAGGCCCCUGUCAUAGUGCAAGCAACUUAUUCAAAUUACACAAAUUCUUACAUCGGUGAGAGAAGAAAUGAUAUUGGAGUAAAGCGAGAAGCUGAAGAAGAGGAUGAUGAUGUUAAAAAGCUUAGACGAGAUGAAGAUUCUAUAGACAGCCAAUAAGCAUUGAUGAAAAAAUAUCUGCUCCAUAGAAAUAUAAUAGGUGAUUUUUUGGUUUAGACAACACUUUCCUUGACCACCAGAAAAAAUAAUGAAAGUAAUAUUCUGACAAAUGCUGUUUGAGGAAGAAAUUGCUGCUAUAUUUAUUUUUUUAUGUGAGCUCUUAAGUCAGCUAUUUUUUUAAUUUAAUUUAAUUUUUUAAUUGAGGGGGCAAGGGGAGUAAUCAUUAUAAUGUGUCAUCCUAAGUUUACCUCCUAAAUUAAUUUUAUUGCUAUUAAAUUUUUUCUAUUGACUAAUAUUUAUUUUGUGUUGAACAACAUUUCUAUUUUUAAUGAUAAUUAAGGAGAGAUAUUUUUGAUGAGUAUUUUUUUUUCUUUGCUUUUCUUCUGUUACCAGUAAAUUAUUUAAUUUUGUUUCAAAGAUUAAAAUUUUAAUUUUUUUUAUUGAUUAUUAAGGUUAUUGUUUUUAAUUAAAAGCAUUAUCAAAAUCAAUGCUUUUUUAUACAUAUUUAAGUAUUGUUUAAAGCAAAUUACUUAAUUAAAAAAUUAAUAUCUACUGAUAAAAGCCAGCAGUAUAACUGAUCAGUGGCUCCAUAUAAUUAAUUAAAAUGUUAGUUUUUCUUAUCUUGUCAAUACUCUCCAUUCUUGGUUCUGUGUCAGUGCUAAACGUUUAUCAAUAUCAGCCUGUUGUUCUUUGCCUCCAUUUUAAGCAUAAAUAACUAAUGUCUAAGUCACAAUGUAAUACUUAUGACCUCUAGCUUUAACAUAAAAUUAUAAAUAACAUAAAUAUAUGUGGAUGUAUCAAUAUACAUACAAGUAUGUAUGUGCUCAGAUACAAAUACCCUAUAUAAAAAUAACUUAUGUUUAUAAGUUAUGUUUUACUGCCUGUAUAGAAAUUGUAUUAGCAUGUGUGUGAGCUUGCAGGUGUGAAUGUUUGUGCAAAUACACAUAAACAAUUACUUAUUAAUACCAUUACCUUUGGCUAACUUACAUUGCAAACAUUCAGUACAUGCAGUUAAACAUCAACUUUUUUAAAAAUUUAUAUAUUUAUAUAAGAACACUAAACAGUGUCUCAUAUUUUGUUGGUUGUUUGGUAAUAUCAAUUUGUUAAAGAAUUUGUAAAUAAUCAUAGAAAUGUGUUAUAAAUUAAUGUAUGUAAGAAAUGUGGGCAUGAUUCAAAUCGUGAACAUGAUUCUUACUUACUAUUUAGACAAAAGAACAAUAACAUGUAAAAGCUUGGAAAACCUAUUCCCUUCUUAUUUUAUUUUUAUUAAUAGUCAACGAUAAGUUAUGAAAUCAAUUAAGUAUCACUUUUUUGUAAUAUUGUUUCAUACCAUAUAUAUAUAUACAAUUUGUAUAUUUUUAAGUAUGAAUAUGUUUUCUGACCUUGUUAUUGUCUUGUGUCUAGACUAGAGUGCUCUGAUGGUUGCACACUUGCUUCUUUUUUUCCUUUUUUUUCUUCGCCAAAACAAAUAAAUAAUAAUGUGAAAAUUGCUGUUUUAACGAUAGUUCUCCAAUUGUGCUCACAUUGUUCCUAAUUUAGUAACUGGAACUGCGUUCCUUUAUCAUCACUUGUAUUUAUAGAUAGUAGGGAAAAAAAGUUAAUUUGAUAUGUGUUAUUAGCAUUUAAUUUUGGAAAUAACUCAUAAAUGUAUUUUUUACAUUUUUUUUUUUACAUUAAAAUAUGUAUAAUUGUUUGUGUGUGUGUGUGUACACACACACACUCACAUACAUAUUCUUACUCACAUAAAAAUUCAUGAUGUAAUUACUUUUCCUGAAGUUUUCCUUUCUUUUAUAAUUGUUUAGUAUGAAAUUAAUGAUGAAUGACUAUGUAUAUUUUCGUUGAUUUUUUCCGUUAACAGUAAUAUUGUAUAAUUUCAUUAAUUAAAAAUAGAUUAUCAUAAAUUUAAUAGUUAUAAUUUUUACUAUUUGAUGUUUUCAGCUUUAAGCUCUUUGAUGAUUGAGAAAUAUCUGAUAAGAAAUAUAUAAAAAUCUUGUCUUUAUGGAUAAGUUAUAAAAUAUCUGUAAUGUAAGGGUGUUAAAAGAUUAAGCAGUUGUUGAUUUAAUAUAUAAAUUUAGGUAGAUCUAUUAUCAUAUCCAAAUCAACAACUUUUUUUUAGUCUUUGUUACUGUAUAAAUCUAUGCAUUAUCUUAAUGUAUAAAGGUAUAAUUAAAUUUAGAUUAUUUCAAUACAGUAACUUAUUAUUUUAUUUAAAAGAAUUUCAUCAUUUUAUUACCUUACAAUUCUUAAAAGAGAAGUUUUAAUUUCAGAAAAUUUUAGUUCAUAAUUAACUAUCUCAAUAUUUUUUUUUAUUUUAAAAAUAUUUCUGUAAUAAAACAUUUUAAAACUAUAAUGUUUACAAUAUUAACACUGAUUUUAAUGCUGAAAUAAUUUUUUUCAUAGAAUUAAUAAUAAAGAUAAUUUGGAAACAAAAAUUAUUUCAAAUAAUAAUGUUAAAGAAUACUAUUUUUAUAUUAUUAUUUGAUCAAAUUAUUAAGAUAACAAACUUUAUUUUAAUCAAAAACAAAAAAGAAAAGAAAAAUAAUUGUUUAAAAUAUAGACUACAGCUUCUAUGUCUCUAAAAUUGAUUUGGCUCUUUCAUUCUUUAUACAAAGAAUGUCAGAUGCAUUUAUGAAACAAAACUUAGUUUUGAUAUUUGGAGCUGUAUUUGAUAGCAUAUUUUUGUUUAACUAGAAAAAUAACCGUUGGAAUUUAUUUAUAAUAUUUUAGAAACCGUUUUGAACGAGUGAUAUAUUAUUUUUAACACCCUUAUUUAUAAAGGACUAGUCAAAAUGUAAACUUUACUACAAUGCACAAAAAUAUAUUUCACUCAUAUAAGCUUAUUAUAUUGACAUUUUAUAUCAUUUGUAGAUUCUGUAAUUUUACAUCUUCAUUGAAUUUAUUACAUGCAAGUGGUGGUUAAUGUUUUAUGAAAAUAGUAAGUUUGAAAAUAAAUACAAAGUGUUAUAGUUUCUUAAUGUGGUGAAAUUUAUUUUUUUAUUUCAGAAUCAAAAAAAAAAAAGAAAAAAAAAGUAAGAAAUGGAUUUAUGUUUGUUAUUUUUCUCCCAAAGUUGUCAUUAUUUUGUUGUAAUAUACAGAAAAAUAUAUGAUUUAUGAAAUUAUUUUGUAUUGAUUUUUAAUUUAUUUAUUGAGUUUUUCUAUUUUAGAAAAAUAGAAAACAUUAGGCAUUUAAGCCCUGUAAAGUGACAUCAAUGGGAAUAAGACCUAAAUGAUAUUAAAG